AUGAAACAACAGAGUGAGAAACUGCGCGAAAUUGAACUCCAGAAAGCUGAGGAUAAGGAUGGAGGAAUUGAAGAAGAAAAGCGUAGGAAACGUUAUGAGGAAGAGAUGGCACUCGAGGGAGCUAAACUAGAAAUGAAACGGAAGUUUGAAAGGGGAUUAGAGGAAGUUAAAAUGAAGUCUGCAAGCCAAUGCAAUUCUGCCAAGCUGCCCAAGUUAGUAAUAUCUAAAUUCCAAGGAACUCACUUGGAUUGGCAGAGAUUCUGGGGGCAAUUUGAAAAAGAAAUUGACAAGGCAGAGAUCAGCCCCAUUACCAAGCUGUACCUCAAAGAGUUGCUUAUUCCUAAGAGCAUUAUUUCCUUACCAACCAUAUCUGGGUCCGAUGCAAGGAAAAUCAAUCGUUUCUUUGAAACACUGGUUGCAAAUACACAAGCAUUAGAAACCAUGGGGAAGCUGAACGAAGUAAAGGGGUUUGCACGAAGCACGCUGGAUAAAUUACCAGGCAUACGGGCAGACUUGGUACGAUCAGAUGACAAUUGGCAAGAUUGGGGAUUUGGUGAGACGGUCGAAGCACUGCGAAAAUGGUGUGUGAGGAACCCCAUAUCAGAAGAAGACCGUAAGUCAGAUCACAAGGGUACCAGCCAUUAUCAACAAAAAUCUGGAAAGUUCUUACAUGCCAAGCAGGAAUCAUGGGAAACCAAGACUGUGUGUGUUCUGAGGGUGAUAUAUCCAGUUGUUGUAGCGGUUGUCAAUGGGAUAAAAUGCAGGGCCCUCUUGGACACAAGAGCUGGCAGUUCGUAUAUCUCUGCAGAUUUGGUAAAGCUUCUAAGGAAACAGCUUUCACGAACUGAGUACCGGCAUAUUGAUAUGAUGAUGUCAUCGACAAUUCAGAGAAUUGAGAUCUAUGAUGUGAUUGUGGCUGAUGUUAGAGGAAAGUUUGAAAUGAAAACCCAAAAUCCUGCAGACCUUGGUGGCCGUGGAUGUUUACCAAAUAACCUGACCGAGUCAUGGUUGAAUGGACCAGAUUGGCUGCCUUAUCCCGAUCAAUGGCCUGAGGACAUAGUUGCACAACCCGGUAAAGAGUCGGAAUCUGAAGUUAAGUUGGUCAAGAAUUUGUUUGCUGCAGUUGUAGAAGUCAAAGAAGAAGUGGAUGAACUGCUGCAAAAGCACACUUUCUGGAAAUCUGUUCGUAUCCUCGGUUGGAUAACCAGAUUUGUAAACAACUUCAGGGCAACGCUGGGCAAGACUCGGAAACAAAGUGAUCCGCUGACAACAACUGAAACCGAAACUCAAGUGGAGUUGCUCGUGAAGAAAUUCACCGAAAGACAAAUCGAAACGGAACAAUUUAAGAACGAUCAGCUAAGACUUAAUCUUCAAAGAAACGUAAAUGGUCUAUUUGAAUGCCGCGGAAGAAUCCAAGGCUUGUAUCCAAUUUAUGUACCGCUUGCCACGUUGCUCAGUGAGAAAAUGAUUGAAGAUGCUCACGUCGAAACGUUGCAUGGGGGAGUUGGGUUAACCAUGACCCGGUUACGUCAGCGUUACUGGAUACCAAGACUUCGCCAGUCAACAAAGAAAGUGAUUGCGGGCUGUUACGGGUGCACGCGUUUCCAGGCAACUGCCUAUCAUAAUCCACCAGUUGGAAAUCUGCCGCUCGACAGAACUGUUGGAUCAAUUCCCUUCGAAGUUCUUGGUGUCGACUAUGCUGGGCCCCUUAUCUAUAAGAUCAAUAAGACGAAAGAUUUUUAA